AGUCCCCUGAGUUUAAUGCGCAUGCGCAAUGACUCGGGACAUGCCCCACGUAUUGAAAAUUGUGUCGGCUCCUUCAUCAACUCAUAUCGUGGGAAGUUUUCGACAUAAAAAUGCCAGUUUUGCGAAAUUUACUUCGUGGUUUUACCAGAGGGGCCAACAGACACAAGGAGAUGACGAGUAAACGCGGAAAUAAGAAUUUUCAUCCCAACACCUCUCGCAUACAGCCCACUGGAUAUGGCGUUAGAACUACCUGGAGGAAUGUAAAAGAAAUGAUUCCAGAGAUUGUGGUGCCUAGUCUAGACGAUUUCCCGCUGAAGGCUUACGUGUCCUACAAGUGCCCAGACACACAGCAAGACCCUGUCACCCCCCGCGACAUCUUCGACAAGUGUGUAGCCCCGAAGGUGAUUGAAGAUUUAGAGAGCGGUAAAUACGAUAGUGAAAAAUUGUUGUCAUCUCCGGCGAGCGAGGGCAAGUCAUGACAGCCUGAUAGCUGAUGAAAGGACAGUAUAAGUUAUGCCUGGCUUGAAGUCUUGUAAUGAUAGAAAGUGACUGGUGCUUUCUUUAAGAAAGUUGUUAUUAGAGACGUAAUUACAGAGAGAAAAGAAAAGGAAUUGUUGCAUUUUUAUAGUUUACAAAUUCUCCUAGGAGGACUGGCUGAUACCUAGUCUGCAGGCAUAGACCCGGAUUGAAACUUUGAUCAACUAGUGGGUUUUCAGACAAAGACUAUCGCAUACAAAAAUUGCUGUUUCAAUUCAGGCCUUCAGUCCACGAGGCAUUAUUAUAGUCUUGCACAUUCAGACCCUUAACUUGAGUGAAAGGUUUGCACAGCAGACUGGUUGAUGCACUUGCUUAUACAGUUAUAUCCAAAGAGGAUUUAACUUUUUGAAUGAAUAUGCAAUGACAGUCCCACAUUUUGUUCUUCAGAAUCUGUAUGUGGUACAUGUAUUUAUUCUAAUUGAUUUAAAAUUCAAGGCGUUCUUUCCUGCUUUGAAUUCCAUUUAGGUGUACUUUUUAGUAAAUGGCAUUUAUGUUAAAAAUUAAAUGCUUUUCUUAAAAAAAAAAGCCCCCUUUAUUACACAUGUAUUAAUAUGGUAUCAGAAUGCUUCAAGCGGAAAUACUUUACGGCCACUGGAGUUUGUUGUGGAUGGACUUUGAACACAAGUUUAAAGGUUCAAACCCCACCAUGACGUGUAUGUCCGUUGGAAAGACAGUAUACAAAUAGCGAAUAGGCAUGAGCGCGAUGGUGCGAAAUUUCGCAUGAGGUGAAAGAAAGAUGCUCUAAUCAACGAGGCAUUAGCAGAGUUCAAUAGAGCAUUUCUUUCACCGAAUGCGAAAUCUUACACCAUUGCACGAAUAAGAAUAUUCGCUAUUUGUGUUGUUUAACGCCUCGGAGUAUAGCGAAGAUAUGAAAAAACAAGUUUUUACCUGCAGUAAUCUGUGAAAAG